CCUUGGUAGCGCUUCCGUCUCUUCUGUUCUGCUUUGACCUGCUCUGGUCGUUGGAGUCGAGGGAAGGACGCAGGAAGACCUAGGAAACCUAGCAAUGGACUCAUUGGCUAUUGAGGAUGUGGUUGUGAACUUCACCCUGGAGGAGUGGGCUUUGCUGGAUCCUUCACAAAAGAAACUCUACAGAGAUGUGAUGCAGGAAAUCUUCUGGAACCUGGCCUCAGUAGGAAAGACAUGGGAAGAUCAUGACAUUGGAGAUCAGUACAAAAACCAGGGGGGAAACCUAAGAAGUCCUAUGGUAGAGAGACUCUCUGAACGUAAAGACAGUAGUUCCUGUGGAGAACACUUCAGCCUUAUUCCAUCUCUCAAUCUGAAGAAGAAAACUACUGGACUAAAACCAUGUGAAUGCAGUGCAUGUGGAAAAGUCUUCAUGGAUCAUUCAUCCCUUACUAGACACAUGAAAUGUCACAUUGAACAUGAACCAGGAAAGUUUCAAAAAUAUGGUGACAAGCUAUAUAAAUGUAAGCACUGUGGUAAAGCCUUUAAUCAUUUCACUUCCUUCCUAAUGCACAAAAGAAGUCACACUGGAGAGAAACUGUAUGAAUGUAAAAUAUGUUCUAAAGCAUUGAGUACUCUCAGUUGUCUUCGAAAACAUGAAAGAACUCAUACUGGAGAAAAACCCUAUAAGUGUAAGGCAUGUGGGAAAGCCUUCACAUGGCUCAUAACCUUUCAAAAACACAUGAUAACACACAGUGGAGAUGGACCUUAUAAAUGUAAAGAAUGUGAGAAGGUAUUCAUUAAUCCCAGUUCUCUUAAAAUACAUGAAAGGAGUCACACUGGAGAGAAACCCUAUCAAUGUAAACAAUGUGGCAAAGCCUUCAGUUAUUACUGUUCCUUACAAGUACAUGGAAGAACUCACACUGGAGAGAAACCCUAUGAAUGUAAACAGUGUGGAAAAGCCUUUAGUUGUCAUGAAAGCAUUCAAACACAUGAAAGAAUUCACACAGGAGAGAAACCCUAUCAAUGUAAACACUGUGAGAAAGCCUACAGAUACCACAGUUCUCUUCGAACCCAUGAAAGGAGUCACACUGGAGAGAAACCUUACCAGUGUAAACAGUGUGGAAAAGCCUUUCGAUGUAAACAAACCUUUCGAGCACAUGAAAGGAGUCACAGAGGAGAGAAACCCUAUGAAUGUAAGCAGUGUGGUAAAGGCUUCAGCUAUUUCAGUUCCUUCCGAAUGCACAAAUGGCAUCACACUGGAGAGAAACCGUAUGUGUGUAAAACAUGUUCUAAAGCAUUGAGUAGUGCCACAUCUCUUCGAAAUCAUGAAAGAACCCACACUGGUGAAAAGCCCUAUGAGUGUAAGGAAUGUGGGAAAGCCUUCACCUGGCACAAAACCUUCCAAUAUCACAUGAUAACACAUACUAGAGAUGGACCUUAUAAAUGUGAAGAGUGUGAGAAAGUAUUCCUUAAUCCUAGUUCUCUAAAAAUACAUGAAAAGAGUCACACUGGGGAGAAACCCUAUCAAUGUAAACAAUGUGGUAAAAGUUUUAGUUCUCAAAAAGGUUUCCAAAUGCAUGAAAGAAUCCAUACUGGAGAAAAACCCUAUGAGUGUAAAAUAUGUGGGAAAACCUAUACAUGGUACAAAACCUUACAAUAUCACAUGAUAACACACACUAGAGAUGGACCUUAUAAAUGUAAAGAAUGUGAGAAAGAGUUCAUUAAUCCCAGUUCUCUUAAAAUCCAUGAAUGGAGUCACACUGGAGAGAAACCCUAUCAAUGUAAACAAUGUGGUUUAAGUUUUAGUUCUCAAAAAGGUUUACAAAAUCAUGAAAGAAAUCACACUGGAGAAAAACACCAUGAAUGUAAGGAAUAUGGGAAAGCAUUGUUUGUUACCAGUUCUUCUCAAAGACAUGAAAGGACUCACACUAGAGAGAAACCGUAUGUGUGUAAAACGUGUUCUAAAGCAUUUAGUACUCACAGUUCUCUUCGAAAUCAUGAAAGAACCCACACUGGAGAAAACCCCUAUGAAUGUAAAAUAUGUGGGAAAACGUUCAGUUCCACCUAUGUUCAAGUGCAUGAAAGAACUCACACUGGAGAGAAACCCUAUCAAUGUCAGGAAUGUGGGAAAGCCUACAUUUCUCUGUCAAGCAUUCGACGGCACAUGAGACUGCACACUGGAGAGAAACCAUAUAAAUGUGAAGAAUGUGGGAAAGGCUUUUUUUAUCACAGUAAUUUACGAAGGCAUGAAAAGGUUCACUAGAUAAAACCUCUUGU